AAAAGACCAUAAAAUAAAAUAAUUCAACGAAAGCUAAUUUUAUCCCCAAAUUUUCAUUCCUUUUUUUUUUUUUUUUUCUUUAACCUACUCAAAAUCUCUUUCAAUUCAUCGUGUUUCAAUUCUCAAAUUUGAGGGAUGAGAUUUCAAUUAACAUCCCCAAUUGAUCGUAUAUUCAAUUCAUUCACUCUUCCAUCAAUAGAUCUUGCUUCAAAUCCAUCGUGACCUUGCAAUCGAUCGCAACCUCUUCAAAACUUUCAGAACCUGCUUCUUCUCUACUUAUGAACAAGAACCAGGAACGCGCUUCUUCUCCAAAAAUUCCUUCGAGACUCGCAAACCCUUCUAUACCCCUUGAAACCCUAAAUUUCCAAAAAGCACAGACACUUCUCUACUACUUAAAACCCUAAAGUUCUCAAACGCGACUGCGACAAUAUGUUUGCUGCGAUUGACGAGGGUACCGGUGAUUCACAAGGUAUAUAAUUUUCUUGCAUGUUCAAGAAAGGAAAAACUAGAGUAGCACGUCCCUGGAGAAGAAGAGUAACAACUAGUUACUUGAUACAAGGUGAGUAGAAUUACCCAGUUUAAUCAUCUUAGAUAGUUCCACGUGGCAAAUUUGAGUAGAAUUACUAAUAUCAUAUAUAAGAUACACGAAAAUUGACCUUACUAAUAUUUCCUCUUUGAUAUUGUAAAGUUAUGCUACAAGGUUUUGGUACUGUUAAUACCCUGCUAAAUAACAAAACGGAGGUUAUAGAGAUUCCUAGAAGUGAUAUAUGGAUCAAUUUGGGUUAUACAAUUUAAUGGUAGUUGGGUUGUAAGAAAGUAUUAGGUGGACAUGAGGGAUUAGUCACAACAUUUGAUCACACAACAUAUUUGAUAAAAGGUAGAAAAAGAAAAUAAUCAAGUAAUGUGUAUUUUUUUUUAAAUGAUUAAAUGAUAUGUAUUUUUCUGUGAAUGUGAUCAAAUAUUGUACCUAAAUGCUUAUGAUCAUAUAAAUAACUCUUUUACUUUCUUUGAAUCAUAUCAUAAUAGUUUUACAUGUAAAUAUAAGUGUGACAUUGAUGUGGUACACUGGUGGUAGUAAUUUCUCUACAACACAAAAUUGGCACUAUCUAAAUUGGAUUUUUAUGUGAAUAAUUAUGGUUCCAUUAGACAACGUUACCCCUAGCUUUUGGAAAUAUGAAGCUUAUGAUGAUGAUGAUAUUAGUAAUUAAUUAAUAGAGCAAUUGAUUUGAUACUGAAAUGGAACUUGGUUGAUUGAUACUGGUGAGUCCCUACAUGUAUACCAAUAGAUAUAUGUUAAUUAAGUUAGUUGUCAUGGAUAUCAAGUCUAUUUAUAUGAUAUUUAUUUUCGUAUGAGAAUAGCACUGCUAUGAGAAUGUAGCACUACUAUUUAUAUGAUAUUUAUAAAUUAUGAUUUUGGGUUUUAGGGUGUCACAUGUCUGAUUUAUGAUUUCAGGAAAGUUGAUUGAACCUACUAUAUAUGGUUCAGCAUCAGCAGGUAUGUUAUACUUUUCUAUGAUAUAUGAAACUAUGAACAAUAUGUGAAGUGGAGUUGGUUCUGAUGCAAUAGGGAUUUUGUAUGUGCAGUAGGGAUUUUGUGCGGAGUGUAUGUUGAUCUUAAAUAUGAUACUUUAAGAUGCAUUUUAUAGAUUGAGUACCCACUAGUUUAGUUGUGUCAUAUGAAAUGAUGGAUGACAAAUGUCUCAAAUAUCAUAACUUAGUAUACUCUGUUGUUUCUCUUUGGAAGGGAGUGGCAUUUAUUCUUUGAAAUAGCAAAAUUUUAUCACACAAAACACUCCAAUGCAUAUGAGGCCUCAUGUAUCUUUUUCGUGGCGUUUCAAUAGUGAUAGCCUAGCUAUAUUAUUGUUUAAUGAAAAUGACCAUUAUUGUCUAUGUAGAAUUUCCUUGUUUUAUUUCUUAUAUGGUCUUACAUUUGUGAAGGAAUCAGUAGGUAACCAUGAAGCAGACUCAUUACAAGGUGUGUUUACUUCACAUAACACUAGUAACAAGUUAAAACAAGCGAUGGAGGAGAAACGUCGUCAGGAUAAGGAAGCAACGGAAACAAAAAUUCAGCAGGAAAAGGAAGCAAUAGAAAGAAAACUUCAGAUUCUUCUUAAAGCCAUUGUGAACCAAAACACCGCAACUGAUGCUCCUAAUGAUAAUGAAAAGAUAAAUAAUGAUGAUAUCGAAGAAGAAAUGCAAGAUCAUGGAGAAGAGGAAGAAGAAGAAGAAGAGCUAGAUGUUUAUGUUUGAUGGUGAAUGCACAUAAUUAUUAAGAUGUUAGUUUCAUUUUGAAGAUGCAUGGUCUAUUUCAUUUUGAAGAUGUUAGUUUGAUUGUGAAUGAUUGACAAUAUUAGGAAAACGUUAUGUUGAUCGAUGUUAUUAUUUUGAUAUAUAUAAAUGAUAAUCAUUUUAGUUUAA